AUGGCAAACUCGGACUUCUUCAAUGCCCAGACCAGCGCUGCCCUGCUGGAUUUGCUUGUGGAAAACGGUGUCUACAACGGGAAGCAAAGUGUGGUGGCAAGGGGAGCACUUCUUGGGGGAAGCUGGGCAAGUUGCUGGCUCUGGCAGCUCUCCAACUGUUCCCCGUGUCCCCUCCAGGUGCCGGCCAUAGUCAGGUGCAUCCACCAGUGGCUCACAUCCAAUGUGUCGGCUGAGCACAGGCUGGACAAGACUCUUGUCCUGCUGACCGAGGCACACCCUGUGGAUGUUGCAGUGACCCUGCUGCGCUCUGCCCCAGCCUGUGACAGAGCUGCUCGCACCAUGUGGAGGACGCUCAUCUCCUCCAGAGGGACUAAGGAGCCGGUGCUGCAGAUCCUCUUCCGUGUGCUGGAAUUCUGGCCAGCGCACAGGACACGCACCUCUGAUGGGGAUGAGAGCGAUGUCUUUGCCCUGGCUGCAACUGUGGCCCUCUGGGCGAUCCUCCAGCUGCCCUGGUGCCCAGGGGGAGUGAAGACCAAUUUGCCCCGCCUCCUUCUGACUCUGCUCUUCCAAGUUUUCAUCAGCACAGAGGAGAUGCCCUCGGGGCUGGGGCCAGGGCUCUGCGCCUGA